GAGGCGUUAGCACUGCUAUCCCCAAUUGAUCCCAGCUGCUGAAUAUGGACAACUUCGACACACGUUACCGAUGACGUAUAUAUUUCACUCGGAUACACACAGCCGCACGUCAAACCUUCCAAGUUGCCAGUGCGUUCGUUUUCUAAGUUCAGUGAACGGAAUUCUUUAAUAACUCUACAUAUUUUUCACUAAGAUGAAGAAAUACACUACAUCACCGGACAGCUUCCCAAAAGAGACAGACCUGCAUAUGUGUGUACGGAGUGGAACUGUGAGGUUCAGGGCUGCCAGUGUGUGUGUCAGGAGAGAAAUUGCGACUUCAGGACGGUUCCAAUGUCCGAGGCCACCUGCUGCAACGUACUGAAGGAAUCUGGGUGCCGUAAUACGUCGUGUCCUGGGACUCCCACUCUGGCUUGUCCGGCAGACUCCUUCAUUAGUGAGCCCCACACCGAACCCGGUCACUGCUGCCCUGUUGUGCCUGCUAUGUGCACCUGCGACUUCCAGACCUGCGCUCCAAAACCCACAUACUGCCCUAACCGCGGACUUCCCCGACUCGUCGCGAAGGGAAACGGCCACCCGGGGACCUGCUGCGACCGCUACGAGUGUGUGAAAGAAGGAGAUUAAUUAGCAUGUGUAAUAUAAUACACACUUUUAUCUUAUUAUCCUUGUGAAACUAACCGUAACCUCGCUAACCGUAACCUUAACCUCAGUAACCAAAAGGAAACAUUUCGGCUCUGGUAGAUUUAUUUUUCAUUUCAGGCAAACACCUUGCUGUUUCAUGUAAUGCUCAGAAUGCUUGAUGUGCAAAAAAAUCUGGAAUGUACUCAACAAUAAAAGAAACAUUUC